UGUUCCCUCCGGUAUCACGAACCGUUGCGGCCUCAAAACUUAUUCUCCUUAUUGGAACGAAAGAAGUGGAGGAAGAAUAGGUUUGUUGGUGGGCGACGAUCUAAAGCGUCUAUUCCUAGGAUUGAAUCUUCUUACGAUCGCCAUCAGGACUCUCAUCUUUCUCUCUAAGUUUUAUUGUUACGUGUAAAGUUAGUCCAGUCCUUGUAUAGAAAGGAAGUCACCGAGGUGGAAUCGCUGUAGUUUUCGCUUUCUUUUUCCGCUGAUACGUGUACCGGGAGAACUAGACUGAGGAUAUAAUCUCGUUGGAUUUCGCCAAAUUUGAAGUCCUGGAAUUCGAAUUGGGUGUUCGAGGUUUGGCUUUUAUCGUCGGGAAAGAGUGAAUUAGGUUAUCUAGAUUUCACCCUUCUGGUCUUUCAUCUUAGAUUUCUCGACAUUUUUCUUCUUAUCUUGAUCAGUUUUUCCUUUUAAUACGCUGGUGGUUGCCACCUUUUUGCUGAGGAACUAAUAUUGUUUGUUCGACCAUUGUUCUCUCCUUUACUACGUAAGAUUCCGAGUUCAUUGCUAUAAGGGUUGUCAGCGAAUUACUUCCAGUAAGUGAAGCUUUCCUUCGUGUGAGAAAGGAACAGGUAGUAAAUUACAGUAUUCCUUCUUGGCGUACACAAAAUAGAUAAGUUCGUAUAUUCCAGAAGCUUGUUGCUCGUUCAUGGAAAGGUUGGUUGUUCAUCAUCCUGACAAAGCUGCCUUUUCUCAUAAAAAUAUGAGAAAUUCCCCAAAAAGAUUGAACCACAAGAGGAAGGUCUUCGAUAGCCAGAGCCCAAAAAAUUCAUACAGGAAGCGUUUCCCUGCUCUUGACAAUUCCCAUAUUGGUGUGCUCAGUUGUUCUGCUCCCCACAAUUCGCAGCUUUCACAAAAGCUCCCUCUCCUGCCUCCUCUUCCAAAUUUCCCCCCCAGUGCAAACCCUUCUCAGCGAUCUGCAGUUCUCAGUUCGGCUAAAUUGAGUACAGUCAUGAGAAAUUUCAGCAAGUCAGAACAAGCACAUCCUAAGAGGAGGCCGGAUGGAAACAAGGACUCGGAGAGCUAUCCAUUAAUCACAUCAGCCCGACCGUUUGGACCUGAUCCUGGUGAUCUCCCACAGAAGAUUUUCGGGUUCUUCAGUUCGGCGGAGUUUGCUGAUAAGUGGUCUGGCUCGGCUUUCUCCAUCUCCCCUUCUCCAAGCAGCCUGCCUUUGCCGAGUUUUUCACUGAAUCACAAAGGAAGAUGUAGCUCUGAAGCCACUGCUGGCAGCAGCGGCGUCGACUUCAGUGCGACCGAAAGUCUUCGCCGCAUGCUCCGAAUUCACUGAACUUUCCUGUACAUGAAAUUUCUUUUUUCCUUUCGUUGUAAGUGGCUUUUGUUCCGUAUCAACCAUUAACCGUAGACGCCACAUGCUGCUCCCUUUUUUGACGGAGAUCUUGUUUGGCUUCUAUAGCGGUUGGUGCCUUGUUUAGGAAGUUCACGUAAUUAAAUGUGGCUGAAGUGGCCAAUACUUGUAGCCCGGAAAAACAUAGUUGAAAAAGUACCAGCAAGACAUUCGUGUUUUUUUCUUUUGCUUA